UAAGAUGCAAGAGCUGACUUUCCAGUCCUGUCUGUUUUCCUUUGACAAAAUCUAGGUAAAUCUAGACCAUCCAGUUCCAAUCAAUCAGUUUUCAAGUUGCAGAGCUGUCAGCUCUACAUGCAGCCAUUUGCUCAGAUUCUCAAAGCUUCAAAAUCCCAAUUAAUCCCUCAAAAAGUUUGUGAAUUUUGAUUUUAGUCCGAAUCAUUUCACCAUGGAAGAGCUCAAGAACCGAGCAGAAGCUGAAGUGGAAGUGAUCCACAUGUGGGCAGCUCCAAGAUCACUGUCGACCACCCUCAUGUAUUCUUUUGCUCAGAGGGAUGACAUGGAAGUGCUUGAUGAACCACUGUAUGCAACUUUCCUGCAAGUGACAGGUUUUGACAGGCCCUACAGGGAGAAAGUUCUAUCCAAAAUGGAAUCUGAUGGAAAUAAAGUUGUAAAAGAUAUCAUCUACGGCCCUGGAAGAAAGAAGUAUCGCCUCUGUAAGCAUAUCGCAAAGCAACGUGUGCCUGGAUUACCUAAUGAUUUAAUGAAGAAAGGAAAGCACUUCAUUCUGAUCCGGAAUCCACUUGAUAUUUUGCCAUCCUUUGACAAGGUUGUUCCUCCAUCCCUUGUUGAAUUAAGUUUGGCAGAAAUGGUUGCCAUAUAUAGUGAGCUCUCGCAACUGGGGCGACCCCCUCCCGUUGUUGAUGCAGCAGAACUUCAACGAAAUCCUGAGGCUACAUUAAGCGGUCUUUGUGAAGACUUGGAAAUUCCUUUUCAGCCCACAAUGCUCAAAUGGGAGGCCGGUCCAAAAGCAAUAGAUGGUGUUUGGGCUCCAUGGUGGUAUGAAACUGUGCAUAAAUCGACAGGCUUUCAACCACCAAGAAAAUAUCCUGCGCCAUUCCCUAUGUCUCUGUAUGACGUGCUUGAGCAAAGCCUACCAUUCUACAACUUUCUUAGGCGUCAUAUGAGGCAGACAUCGAGCCUUCUGAAGUCUCCUUUGCCUGAUCCCGAUCUUCCAGUUCCAGAAAAUAAGAAGCUACUUGCAUGGGUUGGUGAUGAGAUUGUACCGCGUGAUAGUGCAAAGGUUUCUGUGUUCGAUUCGGUUGUCCAAGGCGGUGAUUCAGUUUGGGAGGGUCUUCGAGUUUAUGAUGGGAAGAUAUUCAAGCUUGAAGAGCAUUUAGAUAGGUUAUUUGACUCCGCAAAGGCUUUGGCAUUCAACAAUGUUCCUACUCGCGAAGAGGUUAAGGAAGCCAUCUUUAGAACUCUUAUUCGAAAUGGAAUGUUCGACAAUUCACACAUCCGACUAAGUCUGACACGUGGCAAAAAGGUUACUUCUGGCAUGAGCCCAGCAUUCAAUCUCUAUGGAUGCACCUUGAUUGUGCUUCCUGAAUGGAAGCCCCCGGUCUAUGACAAUACAAAGGGGAUAACUCUUGUUACAGCUACCACCCGUCGUAAUUCACCAAAUAAUUUGGAUUCAAAGAUUCACCACAAUAACCUACUCAAUAAUAUACUUGCAAAGAUAGAAGGAAACAAUGCAAAUGCUGAUGAUGCAAUCAUGCUUGACAAGGAUGGUUAUGUGUCUGAAACAAAUGCUACGAACAUUUUUUUGUUGAAGAAAGGCCGUGUUUUGACUCCUCAUGCUGAUUACUGCCUUCCUGGCAUUACUCGAGCAACUGUGAAGGAACUUGUAGUGAAGGAGAAGUUGGUCUUAGAGGAGAGAAGGAUCAGCCUAUCAGAGUUCCAUACUGCUGAUGAGGUAUGGACUACAGGAACAAUGGGAGAACUCAGUCCGGUUAUAAAGAUUGAUGGUCGCGAAGUUGGUGAAGGAAAAGUGGGACCUGUGACUCGAAGAUUGCAGAAUGCUUUCAAGGAGCUGACAGAAGCAUCGGGAGUGCCCAUACCAAACUAUCGUGAAACUUGAAGAUAAUUUCUUCAAAAGGUUGUAUUAACGGACCAGUGAAUUUCAUGGAUCCAUGGUGUGCAGUUGGAAUUGAUGAGAGCUUCUCUCACAGAUAUGAAUAAAAGUACCAAUUCUUUGAACACCACAAAUGUUGCUGGUACAGAUGGGCAAAUCGCCAUUGCUUUUUUAUUUGUCAUUUAUUUCACUUUUAACAGAUCACUGGGAACAUGUCUAAAUUUAGUUAUUAUAACUCAGAAGUUGUACCAUCAUGUUCAGCAAUGUGCUUUAUUUCACUUUUAACAUUCUCUA